AUGGCCUCUCAGAUGAAUGAGAUGCAGUUUGCGGAGGAUGGCAUCGGUGUACGUCUUCGCGACUUCUACACUCGCGUCCGUCAUCGCCUUAGGGGCCACAACAAGCGUCAGGUCUUCGUGGCCCUCUUUUCUCGUGAGAGCCACACCGUUAUGCGAACUCAGCCACGCCGAGAGAUGUAUCACGAUGACUUUCUCUGGAGCAUCUUGAUUCGCCCAAAGCAUCGCAAGGGUUCCGAUGCCCUGUGCGUUCAAGUGCGCAGCACCGUCCCUGAACCGGUUCCUCGCGAUAUCCAUGGCCGCCCGUGGCGCUUGGAGAUGUUCUCGAACUACGAGCCCAAACAAAGCCUUCGCUACCUGGGAGAGUUCAUGAUCGGUAAGCUCCCCAACAACUUGCACACCUCUGUUCUCUAUCACUUGUUCGCAUCCGUCCCACUUCCCCGCCCUGAUGCUCUUGAUCCGGAGAAUGGUGUUACGUGGAUGGAGAAUGCUAUUUGGCGUCUUCAACAGGGCAAGCUUGUGGACCAAUUCGACAUCAACCGUUUCAUGGACGAGUGCAAGUAUUACGCUACCGCCAUGGUCCACCAGCGAGAGUACUGGCCCCCAUCCCGCGAAGAAGGUGCCCCGUCAUUCAACUACACCCUUCGACCCCGUUAG